AGACGCAAGCGCUGUUGAAUGUUAUGCUGUUAAAUUGUGAGCACGUUCUGAUAUAAAGGAGCGUGCGAGUGUAAGAAGAGUAGUAUUAACGUACGUGUAGCGUGUAGCGAGGCGUAUUGUCGUGAGAUGAACGUCAUUCUGAUCCCGUUCUUCCUAGCGGCCAACGUGGUCGUUAACGACACGUCGGAAUGGACAUAUGGACCAGAAUAUUCGUACGACGUGAACAUCACGUACGACAUAAUAAAUAUGAUAAAACGGGAGCCUUACGAGCCUAUCCAUAAGAUACAAUUAAUCUCUACUGUAAAAUGCCGUCCCAAAAUGCCGGAUAGUAUAUUCUGCCAUUUGAACAACUUUACGGAAUCGGAAUUGUUCGAGAAUCACAACAUGACGCGGGAAGCACAAACGGAACAAAUAUUCGAGAUCAAAUUUAACGAGCGCGGCGUGGAGGGCCUGGUAAUCGAGCCACCGUCUCGCAUGGAGGUCGUCAACGUUCUCCGAAAGAUCGCCACUCAGUUUAAUGUGGUUGUCGAUCAACGUAAAAUUGGCAUGUCGCAAUUUAUGGCCAGGGAGAACUCGUCAAUGGGCAAUUGCGCGGCUGCGUACAGGAUCACGCGUGACGAACUCAGGACGGAUCCGCUCGAGGAAGACACCGAUUUUCGUCUCGUGAUAUUGCCAUUGACCGACGCGAAGCCCGGGACGACUCUCUCAAUCGUGAAGUCUCGGAUGGGAUGCAUCAAUCCACCGCGAUACGUCGACUUUUCAAGAGGGAUCUUAGAAAUGAGGAGAUUUGUCAGCAAAAUACAAAUUAAUUCACGUAAAUUCGAAACCUUCACCGAAUUCAAUGGAAACGUAAGAUUUAUUGAAUCCGAAAUUGGGACGUUAUUAUUUAAAGAAAUAAUACAGAUUAAUCUAAAGAGCAUUGAACCUGCGCAAAACGAACUUCCAACUCUGUCUUACGGUGAACUGAUCGAUUUAAAUACCAACAAUGAUAUACCGAGCAAUUUUAUAAAUUAAAACUACAAUAUACAUAUAUGUUCUGAUAAUGUAUGUAUGCUACGUUACUAGUGUAGGCAAGAUAUACAUAAUUUACUAUUGAAUAUGUCAUCAAAUUGAAACUUGAAGACUGUAAACAGAGUUGCAUAAAAAAUAUCUUACCAAAUGA